AUGGAAAUUUUUUAUCAGAAUGUUAAUAGGAUUAGAACUAAAAUUAAUGAAAUAUAUUCUAAUGUUUUAAACAAUGAUUAUGAUGUAAUUUGCUUAACUGAGACCAAUCUCAAUAAUUCCGUAUAUGAUAAUGAAAUACUUGAUACACGCUACCAUAUUUUUCGCAGAGAUCGUUGUACAACAUGUAUAGGAAAGGGCGAUGGGGGUGGUGUGCUCUUGGGUAUUAAGAGAGAGCAUAAUGUUAUUAGGCGCUAUUCUUGGGAUAGUAUGGUUGAAGAUUUAUGGAUAACUGUAUUGCCGAGCGAUGACUCUCAUAAAUCAAUUCAUAUUUGUAUUUGUUACUUACCACCGGAUAUCUCUUUAGAUCUACUUGAGCUAUUUUAUAACUCGUGUACUAAAAUUAUAAUGGAUGCAAAAUCAACUGACGAGUUUGUUUUAAUUGGCGAUUUUAACACACCACAUAUUACAUGGAUGAAGAAUGGGGACACCUUGGGCUAUUCUGCGGUAUCUCCUCAAGAUAAUAAAGCUAACUAUUUGAUUGAGUUUGUGAGUGUGUGUGGCUUGGUGCAGUUCAAUGGUAUUCCUAAUCGCAUCAAUCGGUACCUCGAUCUCAUUUUAUCCUCAAUUGAAUGUUCCACGUGUGAGGCUGAACCAUUGUGUUCACCAGACUCCCAUCAUCCUGCUCUUGUUGCAGUUGUCACUAUGCCUUCGGCUUCCAAAAAUCUUGACCGUAAGCGGUGCAAGCGUUAUAAUUAUAAUAAAUGUAACUUUGAUAAGUUAAACAGAGAUAUCGAGCAGACUGACUGGCAGCAAAUACUUAGUUCUUCAGAUAUUGAUGUCGACGUCCAACAAUUUUAUAAGGAACUGAUAAGGUUGAUAGGAAAAAGUACUCCGAUGACUGAUGUUCAUUCUUCGGCUUUCCCGAUGAUUGAGGAGUCCCUGUGUUGCAAUAUAAAGUCUUUUUGGAGCUAUGUUCAAGAUAAAAAAUGUAGCAAUAGCAAUAUCCCCAGCACCAUGAAUUAUGUAGGUUAUGAAGCAUCUAGCAGAAAAGAAAUAUGCGAAUUAUUUGCGAAAUACUUUAGUUCUGUUUACUCUAAUAACUCGGCCAAUUGCGCUCAACAUUCAGACUUUCUAAACUAUCCAGAACCUAAUGAUUCCAUUAAUUCUUUGGCCGUAAAUGAACAUCAAAUCAAGCUUAAAAUUAAAAAUAUUGAUGAGCACAAGGGAUCGGGACCGGACGGUAUCCCUCCUGUUGUAUACAAGCGUUGUAUUAAAACAAUUUGUGUUCCUUUAUGUGUUCUUUUCAAUAAAUCCUUAAAGUCUGGUACGUUUCCUACACUGUGGAAAACAGCUCAUAUUGUCCCUGUUUUUAAAUCAGGUGACAAAUCAUGUUGCGAAAAUUAUCGUCCUAUAAGUAUUUUGUCUUGCUGUGCCAAACUGUUUGAGUCAAUUGUUUAUGAUGUGCUGUAUAAUCAUUUUAAAUCUUCUUUAUCUCCUAAUCAGCAUGGUUUCGUGAAGGGUAGGUCGACUACGAGUAAUCUGUUGGAGUAUAAGAGUUACUUGUGUAAAGUAUUUGCUAAGUGCGGGCAAGUUGACUCAAUCUACACCGACUUCUCUAAAGCUUUUGAUCGAGUCAAUCAUUCCAUUUUAACACAUAAGUUGGCACGAUAUGGUGUUCAUGGUAAUCUUUUAAGAUGGGUGGAAUCGUAUUUAAGCAGAAGAACUCAGUUGGUUGCUCUAAAAGGUGAACUUUCAUCUGUUUUUACGGUACCAUCCGGCGUUCCUCAAGGGUCACAUUUAGGCCCAUUGUUUUUUAAUAUUUUUGUGAAUGAUCUUACGUUGUGCUUAAAAAGUCCUUGUCUUUUGUAUGCCGAUGAUUUAAAAAUUUAUCAGACCAUUACUUGCAUCAACGAUGCUAUGAAGCUCCAAGGAGAUUUGGAUACCAUAGCAAGAUGGUGCCAAGUGGCUCCUAAUAGUGCCAAAGUAGCUGCAUCGACGUCAUUGUCACAUAUGACGGAGAGCAUACGAAGGAAGAUUAAUGGGUUGAAACAAAAUUACCGUAUCUAG